UCCCGGAAGUUCAUGCGCAUGCGCAGUGCCGGUCCCCGCUCUCCGUCCGCCAUGACAGGACGUCCGGGCACGUAGCGGGCGGCGGUGACGCAGCAGUCUCUCUGCCCGGAGGCGGCAGGUGUGGGGGCAACAUGGACCUGGCUAGGGCGGACAACGGCGGCGGCGAGUAGCCCCUGGAAGGCCCCCAAGUCCGGGAGGGGGCGGCAGGCCAGGAGCCCAUGGCGGCCCGUCAGCAGGUACCGGUGCUCGGUCAACGGCUCCGGGCCGUGCUGGAUGUGGCGCUGCGGGUUCCCCCGGUCUUCAUCAUAGACGUCAUACUGAACUCGUCCCACGAUGGCUCUGCCGGAUACCUGUCCGUACUGCUUCAGGUCAUCCUCCGGCUGCUGGGUAUCCUGGCAUCCACAGUCGUGUUGGUGUUGUCCCGGAGAGCACUCUUCAAGUUUUAUACCAUCGGUAUGGCCCUGAUCAUUGCUGCAACCUCAGUGUUGAUGAACUACUAUACCACUUUGCACAUGAGCGCUGGUUCGGCUCACAAGCUGGGGCUUCUUCCCUCCGGUGGACCUUCUCUGUGGAUGCCGCUCGUUGCCUUGCAGCUCACUUUCAGUAUUGGCUUCAUGACAUUGUUCGAGAUCCAGUCGGUUUACUCCCAGCUGAUAAUACUGGACCUGUUGGUCCCUGCGGUUGGCUUUGUAAUUGAAGUUCCUAUCCAAGUUCAGGAGACCUUAGUAUUCAUUUCUGGCCUAGUGCUGCUAAUCUACACUACAGUAUGCCUGUACAUCAGGUGCAAGUGGUUCUACUACUCCACAAAAUACACGUUUCUCCUGCUGAAACACAUGUAUCAGGUUUAUGGAUUACAAGUCAUGGUGGAAGAUGUCUGGAAGAAGGUCCACUUUCCCGAUGUGCUGCGAGUCUUUUGGCUGACGAGACUAGCCACACAGGCUGUCUUUCUAGUCUACAUGGUUAGGCUGUCACAUGCCAGCACAGAAGUAGACUUCCAACUUCUACAGUGGAAAGACUUUUGGGAACUGGUCUGCAACCUCAUAAUCAGCGGCUGCGAUUCCACCUUGACUGUCUUGGGAAUGAGUGCCGUGAUUUCUUCAAUAGCACAUUACCUGGGACUGGGAAUCCUCGCCUUCAUCGGCUCUACAGAAGAAGAGGACAAACGCCUGGGGUUUGUGGCGCCCGUUCUGUUUUUUAUACUGGCACUGCAAACGGGCCUGAGCGGACUGAAACCCGAAGAAAGACUUGUGCGUCUUUGUCGAAACAUGUGCCUUUUGUUGACAGCAAUUUUACAUUUUAUCCAUGGAAUGACCGACCCGGUGUUAAUGUCACUUAGUGCCUCCCACGUGUCCUCUUUUCGCAGGCACUUCCCCGUGCUGUUGGUGUCGGCAUUCCUCUUUGCGCUUCCAAUUUUGCUUAGCUGUGUCCUUUGGCACUACUACGCGCUGAACACUUGGCUAUUUGCCGUCACAGCAUUCUGCGUUGAACUUUGUUUGAAAGUGAUUGUUUCUCUGACUGUGUACACGCUGUUCAUGAUAGAUGGCCACUACAGUGUAGUGUGGGAAAAGCUGGACGAUUACGUCUACUACGUCCGUUCAACUGGCAGUAUCAUAGAGUUUAUUUUCGGAGUGAUCAUGUUCGGCAACGGAGCUUACACAAUGAUGUUUGAAUCGGGCAGCAAGAUCCGAGCUUGCAUGAUGUGUCUUCACGCAUACUUCAACAUAUACUUGCAAGCAAUGAACGGGUGGAAGACUUUCAUCAACCGCAGGACGGCCGUCAAAAAAAUCAACUCUCUUCCGGAAGUGCACGUUUCGGCGACCAGCGAAAUAGAUGACGUGUGCGCAAUCUGCUACCAGGAGUUCCGUACGUCAGCUCGCGUUACGCCCUGCCACCAUUACUUUCACGCACUUUGCCUUCGGAAGUGGUUGUACAUUCAAGACACGUGUCCAAUGUGCCAUCAAAAAGUAUACAUCGAAGACGAGCCGAAAGAGACGACAUCCUUUUCCAACAACGGGUUUGUCGCGCCAAAUGAGGAACCCGCGCAAGAUAUUGUGAAUGGAGACGUGGAGCGUGAGCUCGAUGGCCACGACUUAAGUGAAGACGACAGCACGGAAGGCGAGGAGGAAGAGUGGACGGCCGAGCGGCAUAAUUCCGCUGCGGAGGAAGAAUUCACGGACGAUAUUGGAGAUUUGAGGGAAUAAACAUUAAUUUAUUUGUUUGUUUUUUUCUUUGCGGUUGUGUGUCUAAUAUUGAAAAAUUUUAAGGUGGAAUUAAGAUCGGGAAUUCUUUCCGUAUGCAACUCUGAAAGCACAAUCAGAAUCCUGAAGCAAGGUCUGAACGGAUAAUGUCUGCUAAGUGCUGCUGUACAUAUAUCUCGGUCUCUUUUGUGACCUAAUUAAAAUAUGUACAUUCUUGUACAUGAAAUAAUAAAAGUAUUGAUUCUG